GCCUGAGGUGAUGAAACCUGGAGGGAAUGAAAAGAGAGAUCUAUAAAAAAUUGACUGGCAACGCCUCUAUCCCCAGUAUAAGAGGGGAAUUCAAACAAGAGCGGCUCGCGUUCUUAAGCCUCUUAGAUCAUAGGGAAGUUUCUGUGGUGAGUGCCUCUAUUUCUUAGCAACAUGAGUACCAGUUUCAGGCAAUACACCUCUUCUUCCUCCGUGAAGGGGGGUUCCUUUGGUGGGGGCUCCUCUCGGCUUUCCCACCUCGGUAGAGGUUACGUAGCUCCCGGCAUCCAUAGUGGAUUAGGAGGCAUCUCAGUCUCUUCUUCCCGCUAUGUCUCUGGGGUUGGUAGUGCUUUGGGUGGUGGCUAUGGAGGUAGCAGCUAUUGCAGCAGCUAUGGUGGUGGCUUUGGGGGAGGCUUUGGUGGGGGCUUUGGAGGUGGCAGUUUUGUCGCUGGUGGUGGUGAUGUCCUCCUGGCUGGAGGUGAGAAGGAAACCAUGCAGAACCUGAAUGACCGCUUGGCCUCCUACCUGGACAAAGUGCGGGCCCUGGAGGAAGCUAACACUGACCUGGAGGUUAAGAUCAAGGAGUGGUACAAGAAGCAAGGACCUAGUCCAGAACGCGACUAUAGCCCAUAUUUCAGGACCAUUGAAGAACUCCGGAGUAAGAUACUAGCUGCCACCGUUGACAAUGCCAGCAUUGUCCUGCAAAUUGACAAUGCGCGCUUGGCUGCUGAUGACUUCAGAAAUAAGUUUGAGACAGAGCAUGCUCUGCGUGUGAAUGUUGAGGCUGACAUCAAUGGGCUGCGUAGAGUCUUAGAUGAACUGACUCUGGCCAGGGCAGAUCUGGAAAUGCAGAUUGAGAACUUUAAAGAGGAACUGGUUUAUCUCAGGAAAAACCAUGAGGAGGAAAUGAGCAUUUUCCGAAGCCAGUCUGGUGGAGAAAUCUCUGUGGAAAUGGAUGCUGCUCCUGGGGUAGACCUAACUAAGAUCCUGUCAGAGAUGCGUGAACAGUAUGAGAGUUUGGCUGAGAAGAACCGUAAAGAUGCUGAGCAGUGGUUCUUUAGCAAGACAGAAGAGUUAACCCGUGAAGUUGCCAUCAACACAGAGCAGUUGCAGAGUGGCAAGACUGAGAUCACAGAACUGAGACGCACCUAUCAAAACUUGGAAAUAGAGCUCAACGCUCAGCUUAGCAUGAAAGCAGCACUGGAAAGUUCCUUGGCAGACACAGAAGCCCGCUAUGGUGCCCAGCUCAGUCAGAUUCAAGUACUGAUCACCAAUGUGGAAGAGCAGCUGGCCGAUCUGAGAUGCGAAAUGGAGCGCCAGAACCAUGAGUACAAGAUGCUUCUUGAUGUCAAGACCCGCCUGGAACAGGAGAUUGCCACCUACCGCCGCCUGCUGGAGGGAGAGGAAGCCCACAUCAGUUCCCAGUACAAUGCGGCUAUAUCAGGAAGAGAAGUGUCAAAGACUUCACGCCAAGUUCGCAUGAUUGUGGAAGAGGUUGAAAAUGGGAAGGUAGUCUCUUCUCGUGAGCAGUUGCAGCAGUCCGCUUACUGAAAAGGCCAUAUUGUUUAAUACAAAGUAGCGUGAGCACAAUUGAGAGAGCUUAUCAUGUUUUUUCCAUGCAUUCUGUAGUGUGCAUGUUAUAUGUGUAUGUGUAACGUGCACAUGAAACUUUAACAGAAGUGAAGUCUCACAGAUUAUAUAAUCUACCUGCAAUUAACUAAUAAAGUGCGCUUUCCUCUGCCAUGCAAAA